AUGAGUCUCUCCAAGCACACUGACGACGACUGUCGCACGCAGACCGACGCCGACUCGGAAGACACCCACACCGCCAGCGGCGCCACGCGGCCCGCCAGCCCCCCAUCCGUCGACGGCCCCUCCGAAGAGACCCAGUCCGAUGAUUUCAUCCAAACGGCCACGGACACGGAAUCGGAUGCCCGCAGCGGCGGGGACAGCUCGGGGGAAUCGGGAAGCGGGGGAUCGGAGGGCAGCCUGCCAGGCGGCAUGGGAAGGAGGCUGACGGCGAGGCAGCUGGCGCGGCAGGAGCGUCUGGAGCAGGGCGUGCAGCAGACCAAGUGGAGCGACCUGGACCUGCCGCCGGAGCUGGACUACAGCACCAAGGCGAAGCCCAAGACCGAGUUGAGCGAGGAACAGCAGCUCAAGCGGUCGAAGGAGGCAGAGCGCCGCCGUCUCCAAAUGCAGAAGCAGAGAAAGGAGAACGAGGAGAGCACAAAGGCCAGGAUCAGGGCGGCCAUGAGCGCCCGGUUCAGGGACGCCAUCAGCAAGGCCGAGCAGGAGGAGAGCAGGAGUGGCCCCGACGCUGGACGCCCUCUUGAAGAUGGGAUGGUGAAAAUUCGGAUGCGCCUCCGGGAGACCCAAGUGAUCCUGCCCGAGGGGGCAGAGCUCCCAGCCGGGCUGCAGCCGAAGAGGUUUUGUGGGUACCCUCGGCCAAGGCACGAGGUAAAGGUCCAGCUGCCUGACAGUGUGGGCGCGGCAGCUCACGACCUUCGUGUCGGGUGCUCUGUAAAUCUUGUGGCCGACCCAAAGACGUUAGAGCUGUGGUGCGAAACGGCAAAUGGGACCCGUAUGGGUACGAUUCCAGGGUGUGAAGCAGGGACCAUUGGGAUGGGGACUGCUUCUGUGAAAAGCCUGAGGUACAGGGUUGGCAGCCAGGGUAAAAUGCCUCUGGAGCUGACACUCAGACUGUGA